UUCUGGCACGGCCUCGAAUCCGACGCCGUCUCCGCUUUGCCACCCCUUGGAUUUGAACGUUGCUGCUUCCCGAUUUCAAAUAGCUCUGGCUCGCUGAGUCGUUGCCUGCACGCCUCCGCCUCCCUGCGCCGCGCAUCGCCUCAGCCCACGGCGGCGGCGGCGACUGAGCCCCCGGCCAUGGGGUCCCAGCACGGCGGCUCGCCGGGCGUCGGCGGCAAGGCGCGGGACAAGUUCUCGGUGUACCAGAACCCGUCCCUCACCCGCGCGCUCGACUCCCGCAGCGCCCGCCCCUCCGUCCCGGUCCUCCUCCUCCUCGCGCUCUUACCCGUCGCCUCCGCCUCCUCCCUCCUCGCCCUCUCCUCCCGGGAGCAGCAGCUCGCCAAGGCCGCGGGGCGCGCUGGGGUCUCCGUCGUUGCUGCUGUUUUUGUCUUUAGGUUGGUGGAGGCAGCGCUGGGUCUGGUUGUGCUUUUCACUCUGCCCACAUUCUUCAGGGCGUUAUUUUUGUACAAUGGGAAGGGGGCACUGGCCAAGGAUGACAAGGUUGUCUUGUCUGAACGCCAACUGGGCCUUCUUGGGUUAAAGACAGCAGGUUCAGAAGGUGGGAUGGGUGAGCAAACCAAAAGGCCUCCCAAGACGAAGCCAUCAACACCCUCGGAGCCGAUUGUGCCUAUCAGGAGGUCUUCGUUCAGCUACACACCAUCUCGGCCUUUAGGGCAAUCAAGGAUCGGUUCCAGCUAUUUGAGCCCCGGUGGUGAUAGACUGAACACGGCAUUGCAAAUGUCACCUUCCACCCCAUUGCAGAAGUCUGCUUCUUCCCCUUCAACUCCAUGGUCAAGGAAAAGCUCGGGCAGUGCCAAGGGCAUACAGACGGAGGCGAUGUUGGAGCAGUUCUUGGCUAGCUUGGAUGAAAAUAUUUACAAAAUCACGGAUUCAGAGACUAAGACUUCAACGCCUCCAUCAACCAUUACAAGCUUUGGCGUUGCUACCCCUGUUUCAGUCACCACAUCAACCACCCCUUCUGGUGCUACAAGGAGUACACCUUUGAGGCCUGUGAGGAUGUCUCCUAGCUCCCAUCAGAAAUACAGCACUCCGCCAAAAAAGGGUGAGGGUGAUCUUCCACCUCCAAUGUUCUUAGAGCAAGCAGCGGAGGCUUUUGAGAAUUUGGGUGUAUAUCCUGAGAUUGAGCAGUGGCGAAAUAAUCUCAGGCAGUGGUUCUCUUCAGUUGUGAUGAACCUACUUGUCCAAAAAAUCAAAACAAGUUAUAUUCAGGUUAAGCAAACAACAGCUAGUGUUGGGGCUUCAGUUACUGUUAGCCAAGUAGGAAGCGAUCUGCCAAGCACAACACCACCAAUUAGCCUGUCUCCUCUUGGUGGGACUAAAGAUUGGCAACCGACUGUCACAGUUGAUGAGGAUGCCAUUCUUAAUCAAUUGUGCUCAGCUCUCCUACAUUCUCGAGAUGCCCCUGUUGUACAAACUUUUGGCAGUCCACAACAGCCACAACCGACCCCCCUCCUUCCAGCUAUUCAAGCAUGUAUUGAUGCAAUUACAGAGCAUCAGAGACUCAACACUCUGAUGAAGGGAGAGCUGAUAAAAGGCUUGUUGCCACAUAGUAGUGUUCGUGCUGAUUACACUGUUCAGAGAGUUCAAGAACUUUCUGAAGGAACAUGCUUGAAGAAUUAUGAUUACAUGGGUCAUGGAAAUGGCUACAGUAAAUCCGAGAAAAAUUGGACCAGCGAGCUACCUUCUGACUCACACCUUCUUCUGUACCUUUUUGCCGCUUUCCUUGAACAUCCAAAAUGGAUGCUUCAUGUUGAUCCUACCUCCUACUCUGGUGCCCAAUCUAGCAAAAAUCCCUUAUUUCUGGGAGUUCUUCCACCAAAAGAAAGGUUCCCGGAAAAGUAUGUUGCUCUGAUAUCAGGUGUUCCAGCAAUUAUUCACCCAGGGGCUCUUAUACUGGCUGUGAGCAAGAAGAGUCCUCCAAUUUUUGCUCUAUACUGGGACAAGAAGCUGCAAUUUUCUCUUCAGGGAAGAACAGCGCUGUGGGAUGCUAUUCUGCUUCUGUGUCACCAAAUAAAUGUUGGCUAUGGUGGUGUGGUCAGAGGAAUCCAUAUCGGUUCAUCCGCCUUGAACCUCCUGUCUGUUAUCGAUUCAGAUGCAGAAAGCUGAAUGGUAGAGAUGGUAGGCUGCUUGCUGUAGUAGUAGGCAGGAGCCCUAGAAAGCUGGUUCUGUAGUCUUAACUUGAUGAGCUGUGAUCAGCUUGGUUGCUGGUGUUACAUUGUAACUAACACGGCAUGUUUCAAACUAACCUACCUUUAUUUGGAUGUGAUGCGCCCUGGUGGAGGGGCAGCUGAAUGUUAUGCCCAAGUUGUAUCUUCAGUUUCUGACAAUCCGGUUUGCUUAACCCGUGGUUCUGUGCUUUGAAAUGAUUUAUUCUACCAUUUUCUCA